GCCAUUGGCAAGAGGAAAGAUAGAGUAGAUCAUGACAACACCGGCGGCCCGGCUGAGGUAGUUGAUGCUGCACUUCCAAGAAGCAUUCUCAAAUCAACAACAUCUACGCUGGGUUCCGCGAAUGAGGCAACAUCAUCUCGAAAAUCAAAGCGGAUAAGGCUAUCUCUGACAUCUCGGCCCACCACUAGCACGGAAGGCCGAUCAUCUUCUCCUCGCCCCUCCACGUCGCUUGCGAGCCAUCUUCGCAUAUUGCAUGAAGGUGAAAGCGCAAACAACCCACCCUCAGGCUCAACGGACAAUGCUGGACAGCCCAUUUCUUCCCCGAGCCAAACAUCAGUCCCUCUCAGUGGGCGGGUGCCUGUCCCCCCACCGUCCGCAUAUGCACCAUCGAUGAGCUCCCGUCGAGGCGGACGUCGUGGGUCCAUCUCGUCUCAAAUAUCAGCAAGAAGUUCUAUUCCGAUCCGGGCUUUCACGUCCCCUCACCCGCCAUCCAUAGCGGGCAGCCAUAAAACGGAGUACCGUCUACGUGAUCCGUAUCUGGUCGUACAUGGUGGGCGUAACUCACGUGGGAGAGACCUUGACACAAUGAGUCGCUAUUCGAGAGCUAAUCGCAAGUGGUGGCGGACGCUUCCUCCACAUGGGUGGUGUUUCUUUAUUGGGUUCAUCUUCCCGCCUGUUUGGUGGGUUGCUUCCUUUACGGACCCUCGGCACAUCGUCGUUAGUAGAAUGAAAGACAAUGGUCUUAUAGAGGAAUGGAAUGAGAGUGAUAAAGGUGAGUGUUUCUUCAUGUCGGAAUGCCUCUCUAAAAUCUGUCGCAGAGGCAUUAACUUGGCGCUUCCGGUGCCGUUUGUCGAGCAUUUUGACGUUGAUUCUGUAUAUUCCCGUUGUCGUCUUAGCUAUCGUAUUUGGGCGUUAAAGACUCGUUAUGAUUUAUUCACUAUACGCUAUCCUUUCCAAUCUUUCCAUAUUCAUUCCUUUCCCUGAUUAAUCGAGCACUUAUACCUGCCUUGUCCUUCCUUCAUCCCUCCAUAAUCCUCUUCGUGAUACCAUAUACGAAAACUUAUAAUGGCAUUGCACUUGCACUGAGCUCGAAUGUCCAGGAAUAUGUCAUCACUUGUCAUUUGCAAU